AGCAAUCCUGGAGUUCAGCACUGUUAUCCUUCCAUUUAUUCUAAAUCUUGCUGCAGCCUCUUGAAGUGAAAGAGGGUUUAACUUUCCAAGUCAUAUGUGAUUUUUGGGGUCCUGACCUGGAUACAGGAUAGGUGGAUAAAUUGCUAACCUGGACAAGGUGGACGCUAAGUACAAGGUGAAUCCGCUUAGGAGUUAGCACUAUACUCGGACUAACAGUCCCAAUGUCCCAUACUGGAAUCGGAUCGGAGUCGGAAUCCAGCACCCGUAUAGCAAGCUGGAACUGCGGCGGGUUCGAUCGUGUCGCGCCAAAUAAACGGGUCCCAUGGCGAAGCUAGCUUCAGCAAGCCGGCCGCCGGGAAGGAGGAGGAAGCAACCGCGGAAGACGGCCGACGAUGAUCCCCACAAGGAGGAGAAGCAUCUACUGCAACCUCCUUCGCCUGCGCCUGCGCCUGCGCCCUUGCUCCGUCGCCGCGCAGGACCGUCCUCCACCUCCACCACCUUACACUGGGGUGCCAAGCGCUGGCGCACCGCCCUCGGCAGGAGGAGGGACUGGUCGGAUCUCGACGACGGGCCGGCGGGCCUGAUCGCCGAGCGCGUCCUCCCCGCCACCCACGGCGUGGUCGACUACAUCCGCUUCCGUGCCGUGUGCCGCGCGUGGAGGCGGUGCUGCGCGGACCCGCGCGCGCGCGCUCUCCUCGAGGACAGCCGCCUCCACCCCCGGGGGUGGGUCAUGCUCCUCGCCGAGGGGGAGAAGCUCCACGCCGCCGCCGCCCCCCACCGGACCCGCCGCCGGUUCCUCAACGUCUCCACCGGCCAGUGCAUCCAGGUGGACGUCCCCGAGCUCCGGGACCACGGCGUGCUCCGAUCCACCGACGAAGACGGCCUCCUCCUCCUGCUCCGCCGCAAGGCCGCCACCGGGGGUGGUGUCCGCCUGCUCAACCCACUCACGCGCCAGGUCGCCGAGCUCCCGCUCAUCACCGGCGACGACCUGCUGGGCUUCUCCCCUGCGCACGUCGGCGAGUGCUCCACAAGCUGCGCCGGCCUCGUGGACGGCCGCUGGGUUUUCCUCUACGGCCACGGAUCAGCGGACGGGACGACGCUGGCCUUCGCCAAGCCCGGCCGGCGACGAGCGCUGCUCAAGACCGCCGGCUCGCUAAUGCCCACCAUGUCCUUCGCCGGCCGCUUCUACGGCGUCACCACCGACUCCGUCAUGGUGGUGGACUCGACGGCCAUGGGAGGGGAGGACGACCCGCCGCCGAGGCUGGUGGUGGCCGCCAAGCUGGCCGCGAGGAUCCGCAGGAUGACGGACACGGCGCACCUGGUGGACAACGGCGGCGAGCUGAUGCUGGUGCACCGGAGGAUGCGCCGUGUCCGUGGCGGCGCCGACGGCGAGUACGGCGACGAUUACAAGAGGACGUGCAAGGUGUACCGCGUCAACCUGGCUGCGGGGAAGGCGACCCCCGCCGCCGCCGCCGCCGCCCGUGGCCGCGCCAUCUUCAUCGACCAUUCCCGCGCGCUCGCCGUGUCCCCUCGGGUGUUCCCGGUAUGGAUGCUUCUGAUCAUCGUUUUGUGCUCUGUGGAGUGUGGGCUGAUCAUGAACGGGAAUGUGCCGCUCAAGAAGUGCGUCAAUGGAGGGUGCUCGACUGAUGCAAACUGUCAAUCCACUGUAUCUGUGUGUAUGUGAUUCUCCCAUUCCUUUGGAACUUCGGGAUCUGAAAGUAACUUGGAGCGAGUGCCAUAUCACAAUGCGAUGGCUGACCUGUUUGUGUAGGUUUGUGAACUUGUGAUCAAUGGCGCCGCGUUGUGCCGGUGAGGCGAGCUGGCGACUCUCCCACUUGUGAUGA